AUGGCGACUGAAUCUGAACAAGCAAAACAAAGUGUACCGAUAAACCAGAUACCAAAAAGCUCUGUUAAUAUUGUGAUUAGAAUCUUAGUUAUUCGAAGGGGUUCAAUAACACCUUACAAGAAUUCAAGGCAUGAAGGGUCUUUCAGAACUAUCAUAUUAGUUGAUGAAGAGGGGACAAAGAUUCAAGCAAUGCUAUUUAAUAAGCAUAUCGAAAUAGGGAAGGACUCCUUGAAGCCAAAUAAGAGUUACUACAUUGCUAACGGACACUUAGAUCGUGUCAACCCCAACUACUCUUCUGUGCAUAAAGAAGUUGAAUUGGCCUUUACAAACAACACAAUCAUAAAGGAGACUGACCAUGAGGUUUCAACACAGAAAUUCUCUAAUGGCUUUUCAUCAUUAGACGAUGCUGAUAAAUUACCUAAUGGUGCUAUUCUAGACUUGAUCUGCGUCUUAGUUUCGGUGAAUCCCCUCAUUCAAAAUACGACUUCUAAGAGACGGGAAAUAGUUGUUACAAAUGAGUUGAUGGAGCAUACAAGUGUAGCUCUUUGGGGAGAUUUUACUGAAAAUGACGGUGCAUUCCUGAAAAAUCUUAAAGAUGAUAAACCUAUACUCGGCUUAUGUGACGUUAGAGUCUCAAUCUAUAAAAGCCGAUUUGGAAUCUCUACUAUUCCUGUGAGUAGCGUCUUAAUCAAUCCAAUGUUUGAAAAAGCAACCGACCUUCGAGCCUGUGGCGCUUUGCAGGAUUGUAUGUACAAGUUCAAAGAAACAAUUAUAGACAUACUCAAUAAAGAUGAGCCAUGGUAUUUGUCAUGCAAAACGUGCCACAAGAAAGUGAAAGUUAUAGAAGAGGCUGCAGCUUGUACCAAUUGCAACGUUGAUGAUGUAGAAUAUGAAAUGAGAAUUGAUUUGAUUGAUUCAAAACCCCGAAGGAGCUUAAUUGCUGAACAAAUACAUCAAGUGGAAGAUGAAGCACCAAUUAUUGUGGAAAAAGAAGUAAAAUCAGUGAGGAAGUACAGGAAGAGAGCUAAGAAAACCACAAAUGCAGCCGCCCAAAUCAACCUAAAGAAACCCAAAGUCGAUAAAAAAUAG